CGUCGCCACCACCGCCACCAUGUUUGACGUGUUCGGCUCUGUAAAGGGGCUGCUGAAGCUCGACGCCGUCUGCAUCGAUAACAAUGUAUUUCGACUGCACUACAAGGCCACCGUAAUCAUACUGAUCAUCUUCUCCCUAUUGGUGACCUCUCGACAAUAUAUUGGCGAUCCGAUCGAUUGUAUCGUCGAUGAAAUCCCGUUGCAUGUGAUGGACACCUACUGCUGGAUUUAUUCUACCUUCACGAUCCCGGAUCGAACCGGUAUAGUGGGCAAGGACCUGGUGCAACCGGGAGUUGCCGCGCACGUCGAGGGCCAGGAUCAAGUCAAGUAUCAUAAAUACUAUCAGUGGGUCUGCUUUACCCUCUUCUUCCAGGCAAUCCUUUUUUACGUUCCACGCUAUCUCUGGAAAACGUGGGAGGGUGGCAGGAUCAAGAUGCUUGUGCUGGAUCUCAAUUGUCCGGUAGUCAGCGAAGAUUGUAAGAGCGAUCGACGUAAAUUGCUGGUCGACUAUUUCAGCUCGAACCUGCACUCGCAGAAUUUCUACGCGUAUCGCUUCUUCCUAUGCGAAUUGUUGAACUUCAUCAACGUGGUCGGCCAGAUCUUUUUCAUAGACUUCUUCCUGGACGGCGAAUUCACCACGUACGGCUCCGAUGUCAUCAAGUUCACGGAGAUGGAACCUGAGGAACGUAUCGAUCCCAUGUCCAAGGUGUUCCCGAAGGUUACCAAGUGCACAUUCCAUAAAUAUGGUGCAUCUGGCACGGUGCAGAAGUUCGACGGGCUCUGCGUGCUGCCGCUCAAUAUCGUCAACGAGAAGAUCUACGUAUUCCUCUGGUUUUGGUUCAUCAUCUUAUCGAUCCUGAGCGGUCUUAGCCUGCUCUAUCGUGCAGCAGUAGUACUUGGCCCGAAACUACGAAACGUGCUGUUACGAGCACGCUCACGUCUCUCGCCGCAUGACCAAGUUAAAAUCAUCAGCGACAAGUGUCAGAUCGGCGAUUGGUUUGUCCUCUAUCAGCUCGGCAAGAACAUCGAUCCAUUGGUGUACAAGCAACUCGUCGCUGAUCUUGCAACUAAGCUGCAAGGCAAGGAGAAUGUGUAACAUCAAGCAAUCGAGAAGAAUCUUUUCAAGGAACGCUUCCACCCAAGUCCUCUGGAAGGUUCCUCGUCUCUCUCCCCGAGUGAUAACCCUGCUCGACAUAGGGAAGAAGCAAACGGUAGGAUGUCUCUAAAUUGGAGAUGAGAGUAAGAGAUAAAUGUAGAGAGAGAGAGAGAGAGAGAGAGAGAGAGAAUGGGGGAGAAAGACAGCCAUAUCGAUAAUGCAGAUAUAAAACGGAGGAUCGGAAAAAUCAUAGAGUUUUAGGCUAAAUUGCAUCGACGACUGUCUGAUUUAGGAUUCCGCUUUCCUAUAUAUUUUAUUCGUAAUAUACAAAUAAGGAAGAAAGAUAGGCUAAUUAAAAUUGCUUUUAAAUUAGUCCUUCGAUUCGAAUUAUCACGAUGAACAUCAGAGAUGUUCUAAAUUAAUUCGAUUAGCGUCAAUUGGAUUAACCAUUUGAGUAGGCGAAUGUUAAACUUGUUUAGAAUUACGUCGAUAUAAAAAA